AUGACAGACAAGCCGGAACUCUCCAAGACCUUCUCUCCUGAUGGUGGUACUAUCGAGGGCUUCUCUCACCAUGCAGAGGACAUCACAGCGGAGCGGGAACCAUAUGGCCCCCCCGGUCUGCGGGGACUGGCGAGUAACCCAUUCGUGUUGAUGUGUGCAGCAUGCUCAACACUAGGUGGUUUGAUUUUCGGUUAUGAUCAAGGUGUCGUGUCUGUCAUCUUGGUGAUGGAUCAAUUCCUAGAAGAAUUUCCGCAAGUCGCAGGCUCGGGUGCGGGAUUCUGGAAGGGUCUACUGACUGCCAUGAUUGAAUUGGGUGCACUGCUUGGCGCAUUAAAUCAGGGUUGGAUCGCUGAUAUGAUCUCACGACGCUACUCGAUCUUGGUUGCCGUUGCGAUUUUCACCGUUGGAUCCAUCUUGCAGACCGCUGCCGUGGAAUAUUCCAUGCUGGUUGUGGCUCGCUUGAUUGGUGGUGUGGGCAUUGGCAUGCUGUCCAUGGUUGCACCAUUGUAUAUCUCCGAGAUUAGUCCCCCGGAAUGUCGUGGAACACUGCUCGUUCUUGAAGAAUGGUGUAUUGUUCUCGGUAUCGUUAUCGCGUACUGGAUCACAUAUGGUACCCGGUAUAUGGCGGGAGAAUGGGCGUGGCGUCUCCCUUUUCUGUUGCAGAUGGUUCCCGGAUUUAUUCUUGUCGGCGGUGUGAUGUUGCUCCCAUUCUCGCCCCGAUGGCUUGCCUCCAAGGGUCGCAACGAAGAAGCCUUACAGAGUCUAUGCAAACUGCGCAAUCUUCCUGCCACAGACCGUCGCAUUCGCCAGGAACUCAUGGAUAUCCAAGCGGAAGUGCAAUUCCACCAGGAAAUGAACGCUGAGAAGCAUCCCAAUUUGCAGAGUGGAAGUACCAAGGAUUCUUUUCUCCUGGAGCUUGCUUCUUGGGCCGAUUGCUUUAAGAAAGGUUGCUGGCGACGAACCCACGUCGGUGUCAUGAUUUGCUUUUUCCAACAGUUUGUGGGCAUCAAUGCUCUCAUCUACUACUCUCCCACCCUAUUCGGCACCAUGGGCCUGGACACAAGUAUGCAACUUGUCAUGUCUGGUGUUCUUAACGUCCUGCAGCUGGUCGGUGUGACGACCAGUAUCUUCACAAUGGACACCAUCGGUCGCCGUAAGCUGUUGAUGAUGGGAUCCGUCCUCAUGGCCAUCGCGAUGAUCAUCAUCGCAGUCCUGGUCGGUCUCUACAGUUCUGACUGGCCAUCACACCAAGCUCAAGGAUGGGUUAGUGCGGCCUUCUUACUAUUCUACAUGGUUGCAUUCGGCGCCUCCUGGGGUCCAAUUCCCUGGGCAAUCCCAUCCGAAAUUUUCCCCUCCUCUCUUCGUGCAAAGGGUGUCGCCCUAGCCACCUGCUCCAAUUGGCUGAACAACUUCAUUAUCGGCCUUAUCACUCCCCCGCUGGUUGAAGACACCGGCUACGGCACUUAUGUUUUCUUCGGCGUCUUCUGUUUGCUUUCGGGUGUUUGGACUUACUACUUCGUGCCCGAGACAAAGGGCCGUACACUUGAACAGAUGGACCAUGUCUUCAAAGAUAACUCGAGUGAGUAUGAGAAGGCCCGCCGAACUGCUAUUGAAGCAGAGCUCUUGGAGCGAGAGGUGCUUAGCCCUCAUCAUGGAGCUGUUUAA